CACAUGACGUGACUCUCGGAACAUUUUGUUAAUAUACUUUUCAUUUGUGUGUCCAGCAGGGAGCAGCAUCACUGCACAUUUACAGCACAGGGAACACAAAGCUUCCAACAGCCGUUCCUUAUUUUCUCAGCACCUGAAGGCAGCAGUGGUGAGUUCAGGCUCCUCCCACAGUGGAUAUGAGGAGUAUGUGGCGCUGCAGCGUCACUGGAGAGAAGUCUGCAGCUGCUCCAACAUCUACCUGCUCUUCACAAGCUGCAGAAACACACACGAUGCCGAACUGGGGCGGAGGCAACAAGUGUGCGGCGUGCUGCGGGACAGUUUACCACGCUGAGGAGGUGCAGUGUGACGGGAAGAGCUUCCACAGAUGCUGCUUCCUCUGCAUGGUCUGCAGGAAGGGCUUAGACAGCACCACGCUGGCUAUUCACGACAAGGAGAUCUACUGCAGGUCCUGCUACGGGAAGAAGUACGGGCCGAAAGGCUACGGCUACGGUCAGGGGGCUGGGACACUCAACAUGGACCGAGGGGAGCGGCUGGGAAUCAAACACGAAGAGACUCAGACUCACAGACCGACCACCAACACCAACACCUCCAAAUUUGCCCAGAAGUUUGGAGGUUCGGAGAAAUGUGGCCGGUGUGGAGACUCUGUGUAUGCAGCCGAGAAGAUCAUGGGGGCGGGCAAGCCGUGGCAUAAGAACUGCUUCCGCUGUGCAAAGUGUGGCAAGAGCCUGGAGUCGACCACUCAGACCGAGAAGGACGGAGAAAUCUACUGCAAAGCUUGUUACGCCAAGAACUUCGGGCCCAAAGGUUUUGGUUACGGCCAAACAGCUGGCGCUGUGGUUCAUGCUCAGUGAGACGAACACCUUUUAGAUUCUUCUGUCCAACAUCAAACAGCUCGUGUGUCUCCCUCGUGUGCUUUUAUGUUGAAGCUCAUGAUACAAAUAAAAACAUUUACAAACGUG